AUGUCAUGGUUAGACCAUCAAGCACCUGAAUCCGUACUAUACAUAAGUUUUGGUAGUGCUGCUCAACUAGAAAAGCAAGAUUUCAUGGAAGUAGUUCAUGGUUUGGCUAUUAGCAAGCAGCCAUUUUUGUGGGUGAUGCGACCUGCAUUUGUGAAAGGUUCAGAGUGGAUCGAUCUGUUACCAAAUUGGUUCCUGGAUCUGGUGGGUGAAAGGGGGCAUAUUGUGAAAUGGGCUCCUCAACAAGAAGUACUAGCUCAUCAAGCAACUGGAGCAUUUUGGACUCAUAAUGGAUGGAAUUCGACAUUGGAAAGCAUUUGUGAAGGUGUUCCUAUGAUUUGUUCUCCGUUUUGGGGUGAUCAGCCACUAGAUGCAAGAUAUGUGAGCGAUGUUCUCAAGGUUGGGGUUUACCUGGAAAACGGGUGGGGGAAAGAGGAGAUAGCAAGUGCAAUAAGAAGAGUAAUGGUAGAGGACGAAAGGGAGGACUUUAGAGAGAGGGCAAGGUGUUUGAAAGAAAAAGUAAAUGUUAGCCUAAUGAAGGGGGGCUCUUCAUAUGAAUCUUUAGAGUCUUUGGUUGGUUACAUAUCUUUGUUAUAG